AUGGCAGCACCACCUGCGGCGAAUGCGCCCACUGAUCUGAGCACCUGCGAGCCUCUCGACUGGGCGACAGAUAAUUCCAAGGAUCUCGAGUGGGCGUGGGAUCGGUUUCUCUCGCGCCCUUCCCACAGCGGUGAGCCGUGGACACACCAGCAGCGGGUCUUGCUCCAGAAUUCGGCCCUCUACUACUCCAACCAAUCUGUGAGGGAGAAGGGCGAGAUGCAGGAAGCNGCUCGAUCUUCGAGGGCGGAUCCUGGCUUUUGCAUCGGCUUGUCGAUGCUUCGACCCGCGGAUGGGUUGACGAUUGCNUUCCCCUACCAGUGCCUGUGGUAAACUCCUUUGAGGUCGGGGGGUAACUCAUCACUUGUGACAAGUUUAGCCCAUGACUGCCCAACAGUGUGUGUGUGUGUGUUUUUUUAUUAUUAGCAUCGACCGCGCUAACCGGCUGACCAAUUAAAAGACGUCAGUGCCAGCGGGUAAAAAUCAAGGUCCCUGGAAGGGGGCCAAAAUUCGAAAAAUGCGCAAUGCGCUUGAUGCGAAUGCCAAUACGACUCUCUCCACAUGUUCUUUCACGUAGACACACAUCUCAGCUACACAAAUGCAUUCGCUCGAAUCUAGGAAGCCACUGAUGCAAAGAGCGGAGGACAGCAAAAGGGUUAUUUCAAGCCCAGCCGAAGCCAGGAUAUCGUGGUAUGCUGCAUCUCCCAAUUUGAUUAUCGUACACUCCCAAGAUCCAACAGUCAUCGUGUCAGCAGCUAGAUGAAUCAAACAAAACAGCAGCACAUACACU